AUGCCUCACCAUUACCAAUACAAUGUUACUAUGUCAUGCUCUGGCUGUUCCAAAGCUGUUGAGAAAGCGUUAUCCAGAUUGGAGGGCGUCAACAAAACUGAUGUCGACUUGAAAGCUCAAACUGUGGACGUCGUCACCGAUGAUAGCUUGAAUUAUGAAACAGUCCUUAAUACGAUCUCCAAAACAGGCAAAAAAGUUAAUGACGGAAAAACUAUCAACUAG